AUGGCGAAGGGAAGUCAUGGGAAUGUUGCUCCCUACCCUCUGGAUGACGAAGGAGACCGCAAGGGGUUUGAAGGCUUAGUAGAUCAUACACUAGAAAGUGAAGAAGUAGAUGCCAAGACCGAAGAUGUUGACGCAGGCGGUACCCCUCAUUGGUUGAGGAUGCCAAAGGAGGAUGACACAAGUAAUGGGAUGAAACACAUUGAACUUAAAAAGAAGGGCGGCGAAGAUGUUUACACCAUCGGUACCCCUCCUUGGUUGAGAAUGCCAAACGAGGAUGACACAAGUAAUGUGAUGAAGGUUAAUAUCGAGUUAGAGAAGCCAAUCAACGUGUUGGAGAAGAAGGUUCGAGAUCUUGAUUUUCCUAUAAACAUUCUGGGGUUUGAAAUCGUGCGUGAUGCUGAUGGUCUUGCAAUGAGUUCUCGCAAUGUGCGGCUCUCACCUGAAGAAAGACAAAAGGCAUUGUCAAUAAACAGAUCAUUGUCAAAAGCAAAAUCUGCAGCAGAACAAGGUGAACUCAAUUGUAAAAGAUUAAAAAACUUGGUUGUCGAUGAAAUACAAGAAGCUGGCGGAGAACUUGAUUAUGCUGAGCCAUUUUUGCUGAAGGGUGAAAAUGCAUGA